AUGGGGAGCGCAGGCAACAAUACCACAUCAUAUGAUGGCGACAUUCUUAAUCCAAGCGAGCUCAGUCUAUCAAGAGAAUUCAGCGAUGUAAUGAAUAUGGAUAUGUGGCCCGUAGAGAAAUGUUUUGAGGAACAUUUAAUAAAUAGCACAUUAAGUGCUGAUCUAACCAACCACAUUUUGGUUGUCAACGGUACUCAAGUCGUAUGCUUGGAACAUGCACCAGUUUUAACUAGAAAUACCAUCAUUAGAGCAAGUAUUCUAUCUGUUAUGGCACUGUUGUCUUUUGUUGGGAAUUUUGCUACUAUGAUAAGUGUGCAAAAAGGAAAACGAUGUCGCAGACGCGCGAGGCCAUCAUGGACAGCCAUAUACAGUCUGAUAUUUCAACUCAGCAUAGCAGAUUUACUUGUUACUUUAUUUUGCAUACUUGGAGAAGCUGGCUGGUCUUUUACAGUACAGUGGUACGCGGGAAAUAUCGGAUGCAAAUUGUUUAAAUUCCUACAAAUGUUUGCUUUAUAUCUGAGUACAUUUGUAUUAGUAUUGAUUGGUGUAGAUCGGUGGUUGGCAGUGAAAUAUCCGAUGAAAAGUAUGGGCACUGCUACUAGAAAUGGCAGACUAGUAAUCAUUGCUUGGGUUUUAAGCUUCAUUUUAAGCAUACCUCAGGUAGUAGUCUUUCGAUUAGCAAAAGGGCCAUUUAUUGAGGACUUCUACCAGUGUGUCACCCACGGAUUUUAUACUGAAAGAUGGCAAGAACAAGCGUAUACCACAAUGUCUCUUGUUUUUAUGUUCAUUCUUCCGUUGGUUAUUUUAAUCUCUACGUAUGUAUCGACUGUGCGAACCAUUGCAAAAAGUAAGAAAGUGUUUCAACCGGAGGUUACGAGACAAGAGAAAUACCUAUCUCCAGAUAUGAACCGACGUAGACUUAUUGAUAGAGCUAAAAUGAAGUCUCUAAGGAUGUCUGUUGUAAUCGUUACCGCUUUCAUUAUCUGGUGGAUGCCUUAUUACGUAAUGAUGAUUAUUUUCACGUUCUCAAAUCCUGAUAAAAAUCAAAGCGAGGAUCUACUGUCAGGAAUAUUUUUUUUCGGAAUGUCAAACAGUCUAGUCAAUCCCGUGAUAUAUGGCGCCUUUCAUUUGUGGCCAAAGAAAAAACGAUCAAGGAAUAGUGACAGGGAAUCUGGUGGUCGCCACGCAUCUUUACUACGACGUGGUGACCAAACAUCAUCAGUGAGGAUGACCACAAUACGCUCGCUGAGAUCAUCAUCGAAAUAUUCCAAUGGUCAAAACGUAAGUUUAUUA